AUGGCGGACGGAGGCGUGUGGGUGUUCCGGAAGGACGGGGUGAUGGAGCUGGAGAGCGCGGCCGGGUCGACGUCGAGCCGGAGCGGGCCGGGGAACAAGGCGCUGGUGUACGUGCCGGCGAACGAGACGAUGCGGUCGCUGCAGGCGCUGGAGCAGCGCCUCGGCGCGCACGGCUGGGAGCGCUACUACGAGAACCGCGACGUGGUGCAGCUCCACCGCCGCGACGGCAGCCUCGACCUCAUCUCGCUCCCGCGGGACUUUGCGCAGCUCCGCUCCACCCACAUGUACGUCGUCGUCGUCAAGAACCGAGGCCACUUCAAGGUCGUCGACCUCUAA